AUGCCGGCCACCAUGACAGAUUCGGAGCGAUCUCGGCGUACGGAAAACUGGAUUCCCACAUCCACCCGAGGCGGCGUCUACUACUGCCCCAGAUAUCUUCUCGAUCCUCCUGCAACACAACAGAAUCGCCUACCGACACCGCCCAUCCGCGCUCGCCAAGUAAGACCGCGAUCAAUACACAUCACCUCGUGGCCCUCGGGCUUUGUACCCCACGAACUCAGGCCGCAACCAGAGCGCCCUGUGAAGAGGAGGAAAUCGUUAAAAGCAGUAUCCCCGACCACCACAGCACUGGGGAAGACGUCAUUGAAGUUCAGCAUCAAACAGUUCUUCUCCCUCUCCCAAAAACAGGUGCCCAGUCGUUCCACGUCACGCGCAUCCACCCUUUCAAGGCCUACACUUUCAAGGCCGCCCAGUAGAGCCGCGAGCAUUCUUCAUCGACUCUCUACAUACCGUGAGGUAGAUUUGGUGGUUCCGGACGAAGACUCAAUGGCGCUGCGAUCUGCCGCCAUGGCCGAGGCCUUGCGGCCACCCCUGAUGACCUCGACAUACAACGCACCCGGCCAGCGAAACAGCAUGAUGUCGGUACGGAGCGCAAAGAGCAACGUAACAUCAAUGGUCACCGAGAUUCCCAAACCCGUUGCCCACGGAAGCGGUGUCAGCUGCUCGAUCCUUAUGGCGGAGCCGAAUAUCUUUCUGACUGGAUUCGACCACGACGGCCACAGACAACACUCACAAGGUGGAACGGCUCUUCUGCGCGGAAAGCUGCAGCUCAAGGUCACAAAAAACAUCAAGAUCAAGGGUGUGAGCUUGAAGUUGGUGGGAAAGGCCCGCACCGAAUGGCCUGAGGGAAUUCCUCCCUUGAAAGUCGAAUUGUGCGAAGAGGAGUCGCUGCGCACACAGGUUCUGACCUUUUUCAACGCCGUGAACGACGGGUGGGAGACCGAGUAUGGCAACCAGUGUGUCUACGCGUUGAAGAACAGCUCUACAAACUCCUCAUCGACAAAUCUCGCCUCUAGCUCACCUCGCAAUUCGAUGUCGCCCUCGCUGUUGUCAAUACCGCCCAAUAGACAAGGUCUAACGGCCAAGGAAUUGAAACGUCUGUCUCUGCAGUCAAAUCAGUCGAGGAGCUUCGGCAAAGGCGAUAACCCGAGUGGCAAUCAGGCCAAGGGUUACAAGGUGUUUUACCCAGGCACAUACGAGUACACCUUUGAGUUGCCCAUCGACCACCAUCAGUUGGAGACGACCAAGCUUCAGUAUGGCUCUGUCAAGUGGGAGCUGCAGGCGACCGUGGAGCGAGCUGGAGCCUUCAAGCCAAACCUUCACGGUUCCAAGGAAGUGGCUAUUGUCCGUGUACCGGACCAGCUCUCGCUGGAAAUGACGGAACCCAUUUCGAUUAGCAGGCAAUGGGAGGACCAAUUACACUACGAUAUCAUCAUUUCAGGCAAAUCUUUCCCCUUGGGCACCAAGAUCCCGAUCGCUUUCAAGCUUACGCCGCUUGCCAAGGUCCAGGUUCACAAACUCAAGGUUUUCGUCACCGAGUCGAUUGAGUACUGGACCAACGACCGCAGAGUUACGCGUAAAGACCCGGGUAGAAAGAUUCUGCUGCUUGAGAAAACUGCUGGAAAGCCUUUGGACCCUGCCUACGCAUCAUCGGAUGUCCGCGUGCUCAAUGGAGGUGAGCUGACGCCCCGCCAACGUCGAGAGGCUCGCGAAUCUGCAGCCAUGCGACGCGCAGCUGAUGCUUCUCGACAUGGCGUGAUGCCGGAGCCCCUCCCCGAACCCGUGGACAACAUUUUGGGUGAUUUGGAUCUCGGGCUGGAGAGCUACUGGGGAUCCACUGAGAUUGAGAUGAACGUUCAAUUGCCGACUUGCGAGACUAUGGCCAAGAGCAAGGAGAUGCGCUUGCAUCCCGACUGCAGCUGGAAGAAUGUUAAUGUGUACCACUGGAUCAAGAUCGUCAUGAGGAUUUCCCGUCUCGACCCUGAGGAUCCCACUGGCACCAAACGCCGUCACUUUGAGAUCAGCAUCGACUCACCGUUUACGGUACUCAACUGCCGUGCCACCCAGGCCAAUACCUCCCUUCCCGAGUACUCGGGCCCUGAUGUGGGCUUGAACCAAAGCCGUCACACGUCUUGCGGCUGCCCCGAUGCGGUCACCAUUUCGGGACCUUCUGGGGGCUCGCCAAACAACCUUUCGACGGGCGCCCUCACAGUCAUGGAGGCGCCUGGUAAUCUGCCCGCGCCUCCCCAAGCAGCGCAUCUCCCCUCGUCGCCGCAACCGACAACCGGCGGCACCGGCCGGACUUCACCGCCAAAUUCCCAGACGUCGGUAGAUCCACUCGCCGACGUACACCCCCGACCUAUUCACCUCCUUCGCGUGCCUUCUUACAACCCUCCUGCGUUUGACGCCGAAACGCCCCCGCCGCCCGCCGAGAGCGAGCAACUUCCGCUGCAGACACCGCCGCCUCAGUACGAUGUCAUUGUCGGUACGCCGAGCGUCGACGGUAUGGCGGACUACUUUGCGCGCCUGGCCGACUACGGAUACGACGAACCCGAAGAAGACUCCGACUCAGACGAGGGCCCGGCCCGGAUCACGGAGCGCGGAGGGCGGGUUAAUGUUGCGCACCCUCGCACACCCGGCGGUAGACGCGCUCCAAGCCGCAGCCUCGAGAUCCAGCGCCCUCCCGUCGAAUUGAGGUUGGACGCUCUGCCCACGCUUCGAAGAAACGGAAUCCCACCGCAAAUCAAUUGA